UUGAUUUUGAGAAGGAUGUUGGUUUUUUUAUGUCUGACGUGUUCACGAGUGCGGAGUCUGAUGUGUCAAUGCCUGGUGUUCCCCGCGUGCCUGCUGUGCAUGAACGUUCUGACGAUGAGUUCGGUGUCUCGAAGUUUGGUGUGUCUACUCAUGAUGUACCCCGCGUGCCCGCUGUACUUGAGAGUCCUGAUGAAGAGGUCGACGUUUCGGAGUGAGAUGCAUCUGUCCCUGCUGUACCAAGUGUGCCUGGAAAGCCACGAUGGAUUCCGAUCUAGAACCCCCCGUGUGACGGAUGCUUCAGCGGAAUACUCGGCGAAGAUGAUUGAUGUGCGGGAGAGUGAAGAAUGUGAACGCGCUAUGGCUGUGCUGGGUCCCGGGAAGACACCUUUUAAUGUCGGCAAUGCACAAAAUGUUAUGGAUAUUAACACGUUCCACAACCGUGCCGGCCACUUGUCCGAACCCAUUUUGAGACUGUCCGCGAAGCAACACGGGAUUACCCUCACGGGCACGAUGGACAGCUGCCGAUGGUGCUUGCCAGCGCGUGGGACGAGGGCGCCGGUGCCGAAGCAGGGGGGCGGGUACCGCCGCAAGAGGGCGCGGAACGACGUGUUCCACAUCGACCUCUGCGGCGCGUACACGGCGACGAUCGGUGGCAGCCACUAUAUGCUCUUCGGUGUGGACGCCGCCACGGGAUGGAUGGUCUGCUACGCCAUGCGGAGUAAGUCGGAGGUGCUAGCGGUCGUCAAGCGCAUGGUCGUGAAUGCCGCCCACACGGCUGGUACCGCGAUCAAGUGCAUCCGUUGCGACUGCGAUGCCGUCUGGACCAGCAACGACUUCAAGGAGUUCUGUGCCAGCAUGGGGAUCGCGCUCGAGUACUUUCCUCCCGGAGUGCAGCAGUACAACGGCGUCGUCGAGAGCGCCAUCCAGAGGUGCCUCAAGGUGGCCAAGGCAUCCAGGCGGGCCGCCCUGGAGCUGCUUGACCCCGCAGGAACUCUACACGGGCAAGGGAGGCCCUUUUCGCUUGANGUGCAGCAGUACAACGGCGUCGUCGAGAGCGCCAUCCAGAGGUGCCUCAAGGUGGCCAAGGCAUCCAGGCGGGCCGCCCAGGAGCUGCUUGACCCCGCAGGUUUUUCUCGUGUCCGCGGGCUGAGUGUUCGUGGCGAUGAGCUCUGGGCGGAGUCCGCAAAAGACGCCGCGCAGAAGCUGACCCAGUCAGCGUCUCCUUCCAACCCCGGGGGUGCGUCGCCGCAGGAACUCUACACGGGCAAGGGAGGCCCUUUUCGCUUGAUCCCGUUCUUCCAGUACGGUUUCAUGUGGGAGCGGCCGGCGACGAAAAUGGACGGCAGGGCCGUGCCGUUUUUUUUUCUCAACGCCGGGGACAACCACGCCGACGUCACGGUUACGGUGCUCAACGAGAGGACCGGCCACGUGUGUUACACCUCCAAUUUAGCGUGGGCGGCGCUCCCGCCGUCGGGGGGUGGGGCGCAAUGA